AUGGUCCUCCGGCUAGCCACUGUCCUUCUCUGCUCCCUCCUCCCUCUCCUCACAGCCCUCAAAUGCAUCAACGGCUCCUACCACAUCCAACAGCCGAUGCCACUCGAGAUGGAUUCCGUUGACUGUAAUGAAGGAAUGUGCAUGAAGACGGCGACGUUUACGCCGGGAGAUGAAUUCCUGCACUUUUCGCGAGCGUGCGUCCCCGUGGUGAUGGACACGGAAAUCGGAUGCGAGACAAAUUUCGCUCUCCAGCACCUCGAGCCCAAGCUCAUCUCCUGUUUUUGCGAUACAGAUUGGUGCAAUUUC